AAUCGCGGCCCCCAGCAUUCCCAAGCAUCACCCGGAAGGCAUAUGCUUGCUGAUCACGUUCAUAACCCCUUAUAUAUAUUCUUCUCAGUUUUACUUGAUUAACGCUCUUUUUUCUCGCUCGCAAAACCGAAAAAUCUUCCAUUUUGUCUUUUGAUCUCUGGAACAGACUGAUAUGGCGACCAAGAGGAGCGUGAGUACACUGAAGGAAGCGGAUUUGAAAGGGAAGAGGGUGUUCGUGAGGGUCGAUCUAAACGUGCCUUUGGAUGACAACUUCAACAUCACCGAUGACACCAGAAUCCGUGCCGCUGUGCCGACCAUCAAGUACUUGCAGGCUCAUGGAGCCAAAGUCAUCCUCAGCAGCCACCUCGGCCGCCCAAAGGGUGUCACACCUAAGUACAGUUUGAAGCCUCUUGUUCCAAGACUGUCUGAACUUCUUGGAUUUGAGGUUAAGAUUGCAGAUGACUGUGUUGGUGAGGAGGUCGAGAAGUUGGUGGCUGGACUUCCAGAAGGAGGAGUUUUGCUCCUCGAGAAUGUGAGGUUCCAUAAGGAGGAAGAAAAGAAUGACCCUGAAUUUGCAAAGAAGUUAGCUUCUCUCGCAGAUGUCUAUGUGAAUGAUGCUUUUGGCACUGCCCACAGGGCCCAUGCUUCCACAGAGGGAGUAGCUAAGUACUUGAAACCAUCUGUUGCUGGAUUUCUUAUGCAGAAGGAACUUGACUAUCUUGUUGGCGCCAUAGCAAAUCCCAAGAGGCCAUUUGCUGCUAUUGUUGGUGGUUCAAAGGUGUCAUCCAAGAUCGGAGUGAUAGAAUCUUUGUUGGAGAAGGUUAACCUUCUUUUGUUGGGUGGAGGGAUGAUCUUUACCUUUUACAAGGCUCAAGGUUAUUCAGUUGGAUCAUCCCUUGUGGAGGAAGACAAGUUGGAUCUUGCAAGAUCACUGAUUGAGAAGGCCAAGUUGAAAGGGGUGUCUCUACUGCUUCCGACUGAUGUGGUUAUUGCUGACAAAUUUGCUCCUGAUGCUAAUAGCAAGGUUGUUCCAGCAUCUGGUAUUCCAGAUGGUUGGAUGGGAUUGGAUAUUGGACCUGAUUCCAUCAAGGCAUUCGAUAAAGCUCUGGAUACUACCAAAACAAUCAUCUGGAAUGGACCUAUGGGCGUGUUUGAGUUCGAGAAAUUUGCAGCGGGAACUGAGGCAAUAGCGAAGAAACUGGCAGAGCUAAGUGAGAAGGGGGUGACAACUAUCAUUGGAGGAGGUGACUCUGUUGCAGCCGUGGAGAAGGUUGGGCUAGCUGACAAGAUGAGCCAUAUCUCAACUGGCGGUGGUGCCAGCUUGGAGCUUCUCGAGGGGAAACAACUCCCUGGUGUCCUUGCUCUUGACGAUGCAUAAAUCAUCAAGUUGUGCUUAUUUUCCCUUGUGCACUUUUGCUGCUGUUAUAUAUGGUUGGUUUUCAACCAGAGUCUUGUAGAGGGCUGGCUAUAGGGUAGACUUAAAUAAUUGGGGCAUCUUUAGUGAUGCGUUUUGGAUUGAAUCCUUUUUGGAACAAUGUUGAUGAUAUGAGUGCAUGAGUUUGCCCCCUAAA